UUUGUUACAAGCCGAGCAGUGUUACCCCGAAGCAGCACGGAUUCCUUGUCUACCCUUCCAAGCAGAGUGUGCCGCCUAGCUAUGGUCAAUAUGGAGAUUAGUGGCAUGGAUUGCAGCACCAUGAAAGCACUGCUGGCAGACAGGCCACACAAAGUCCUCAUCCUGGACUGCAGGUCGUUCUUCUCCUUCAGCUCGGCCCACAUCAUUGGCUCCAGCAAUGUCAGGUUCAGCACUAUAGUCAAGAGGAGGGCAAAAGGCAGCAUGGGCCUGGAACACAUCAUCCCCAACGAGGAGCAGAGGGCUCGGCUGAUCGCUGGAUUGUAUGAGGCUGUGCUGCUGCUGGAUGACAGGACCUACGAGCUGGACACCAUCCGCAAGGACAGCACCAUGAUGCUGGCAGUCAGUGCCCUCUGCAGGGACCCCCGAGGCAGCAGGAUCUUCUUCCUGAAAGGUGGAUAUGAAGCAUUUUCCUCUGAAUAUCCUGAAUUCUGCAACAAAUGUUCUCCCCCAGUAGGACUAAGCCUGCCCCUCAGUGCCAACAGUGUACCAGGCAGUGCUGAUUCCAACUGCACCCCCUGCGGCACCCCAUUAUAUGAUCAGGGAGGACCAGUGGAAAUCUUGCCUUUUCUCUACCUGGGAAGUGCAUACCAUGCAUCCAGAAAAGAUAUGCUGGACACCCUUGGCAUUACCGCCCUGAUCAACGUGUCUGCCAACUGCCCCAAUCACUUUGAGGGACACUACCAGUACAAGAGUAUCCCAGUAGAGGACAGCCACAAAGCAGACAUCAGCUCCUGGUUUAAUGAAGCCAUUGACUUCAUAGAUUCUGUGAAGAAUAAUGGUGGCAGAGUGUUUGUGCACUGUCAAGCUGGUAUUUCACGUUCUGCUACUAUCUGCCUUGCUUAUUUGAUGAGGACUAACCGUGUGAAGCUAGAUGAAGCUUUUGAGUUUGUCAAGCAGCGAAGGAGCAUCAUUUCACCUAAUUUCAGCUUUAUGGGACAGCUGCUUCAGUUUGAAUCUCAAGUACUAGCACCGUCAUGUUCAGCAGAGGCUGGUAGUCCCACAAUAUCAGUUUUGGACAGAGGAACAUCCACUACUACUGUCUUUAACUUCCCAGUUUCUAUCCCCGUUCAUCCUGCAACAAGCUCUCUGAGCUACCUUCACAGUCCUAUCACAACAUCGCCAAGUUGCUGA